GAAGUCUCCUCGGCUCCUCGCUCAUCCCUGGCCUUAUCUGCAGCCCUGGAUUCUGCAUCGCAUCCUGCAUUCUACUUGACCGCUCUGUCUCACUACGUGCGCCCACUUUAGCUUUGACAACCCGCGUUUUCCACGCGAUGAUGACGCUGAAAUGCAAUCGCGGCUUUUCUGAAGGAGUAAACCCGCCUUCUACUCUCACAUACAGGGCUAACUAUCAAUCCCUAACUGGAAAUAAGUUGCAAUUGAAUCUCGAGGAUAUUGCAUACGACCUCCGAUGACUAACACUUAACAGGAGAAUAGGGGCAAACUAUUGGGAUUGCGAAGGUCCAAUGGCCGUGGAUGCAAAUUUAGUCUGCAUUCCUCAAGGACAGCUCCCCAUAUCAGGCAGUGACAACAAACAUCACAGACCCUAUUCCUACCAAUUCCCUUUUCUGUUAGUGGGCAUGCCUCGGAAUCGCCCAUUCCAACCCCUCGGUCCUCCGCGUUCACGCGCGAGGCCAUUCUCCCAGCAUAUACAUCCUUUUAGUCGGCCUUGGCCCAUUGUUUUGCUUCUCUUCCAUUGUUUCCCCCGUCACGUUCACCACCCACAUGUUCUUUAUGGGCUGCACCUACUGUUCUUUCCGAUACAUCAGUUUUCAUCAUCUCUAACCUCUCGAACCACUGGAUGCUUGGCGAGUCUUGUUAACAGAAGCCGUAGCGCAGCUGGUUCCAGCUACUCUCGACGCGGUCCAUCAUGUUCAACCGUUCAAUAGCCUCCCCAAAAGGAGGCGUUUGGACCAAAGUAGUGAUAUUCAUCUCGUUAUAUGUCAUGCUCUUCGACUCGUUCAUUGAAUGGGCCAUCGUGCUGUACCUGUAUGGGAUCCGCCGUGUGGACUCAAAGAUGACCCCGAGCUUGGUCCUGGCUCUUGUUGCGUCAUUCUUCACUGUUCCUCUUGUCGCUCUCCACAGCCUCCUUGCCUGGCAAUACAACAAGGUUGUAGGGUUCGCGAGUCAGAAAGCUUUGCUGAAUGCCGCUUGUACCUACAUCCUCCGACUUACGAUACUCAUUUGGAUCGCUGCCAGUGCAGCAGGAUUGGUGUUGGUUUCGCAGCAGGUGUACUGCCUGGCUGAUGACGGUGGUGGUGACUUCUGGAAGAUCGGUAUUAGCUGCGCGCUUCAAAGGGCUUCUGUCAUUGUUUCGAUUAUAUCAUUCGUGACCGUGUGUCUUUUCUUCUGCUCAAGAGAACUUUGCGAGCGUCCGUACGACAUAUCUCUUCUCGGUGUAUACAAGCCACAAUUAUCGUCAUACGAUGACAAGAUGUCUGCCAGCUCAACUAUGGGAAGCCACGUCAGUCUGGAAAAUGACAUCUAUCACGUUUGCCGCCGGCCUGAUGUGACAUUUGGGCGCGACCUGUACCUGUCAUCAAGCAGCAACUCCAUAUGUAAAGCUGGUAGUAUUGAACACCCUGCAUCCGUAUAUGAGAAACCCCAUUUAAAGCUCGACACAAAAUGUGAAGCAGAGACCUCAGGGAUAUACUCUGGAACUACGCUCUCGGUCGAUGGCACGCCAUCCAAAAAUUCUUCCAGGGAUGGAACAAACUCCGAUGUCAGUUCGAAUGCCUCAACUACACCCCCCAAAGCCGCGUUAAGGGCUCCUUUCGACUCUUAUCGCCCGGCUGAACUGGCAGAACUACCGGGAUCUCCGCAAAUCAAAAAUCAAAGGCACCAGGCCUCUGGAUCCCCGUUCUUCCGACUCCUUCCUAAGGUUUUCGCAAGUCAGAUCUCGUUGUCAUCGGACCCUGACAUCCUUGCUCUCGCUGGUCCUGAUUCUGGUACGGAUGUUGAGCAACCAGCAGAGGAGAAGUCAACAGAGAUGAUCGAGCCACCGCCAACUCCCAAAAGGGAAUAUGCCCCUGGACACCCGCUCGCAUCUUCCCCUGUGGAGCUUCCAUUCCCAUCCUCUCCUCCAGUGGAGAGGUCUAUGUUUGCCAUGACGAACAGUAACCCUGAGCUUAAGUCGAGUCGGUCCGAAGGAAGCACGCUUCCACGAUCAAUAUCAAGCAGCUCCGCUGAUGCCCCCGAAGUUGUCGCGCCAGAGCCACUUAGAAUUCAGAGAUCCAAUACCUCACACACAGCUCCAAUUACUAGCCAGUACAACUUCUCUCGGCCAAAACCCCCGGCUGUACCUCCGAUCCCGCCACGACAGCCAAAUCACAGCUACCAAGGCUCUCUAUUGCAGCACGGACGAUCCAGACGCCAAAACUCGAUUCGUUCGAGCGGACGACGAAGCCAAGUCUACCGUUUUGAAGCCUGCCAGAUACCGCGGCACACACAAAGCCAAUAUCAUCCCCAGCAAAGCCGCUACACUCGUCGAUCGUACUUUGAUACCCACCGUCGAAUGCCCUCACGGCGGCGUCGAAAUGACGUCGAAAUCGUGUACUCUAGCACCCGGCGCCCUCGCAGCAACACCUGUGGAGGAUUCGGCACAACAUCCAGUCUAGACUGUAUCCGCGAGUCUGGGGCCUCCGUUGAUGAACCGGAAGAUAUUUUCGCGGAUGGAAACACGUAUAGAGGCACUACUCGAACUGCUAGUGCCCACGGCAUGUACGCAUUUUGAGUGAAGUCUGCGGGUCGGACUGGCUAUGAUCGAAUCUGUUCCAUUAUCACGUUCUUAUUGGCUCAUGAUUGAUAUAAACUGUAUACUAGCACGCUUCUUUUCCUUUGUUUACCUUUCUUGCCAUAUACUAUUGGAUUGAAUACUAUUAUGAUUUUUAUUA